AAAAUUUAAAAGAUAUAUGACCUUUUCUCAUUUUUUACGAAAUAUAUAUAUAUUUUUCCCCAAAAUUUACGGUAAUCAUUUAAAAAGCUGGACGUUCAAAAUUUUAAAUGAGUCAAAUUAAAGAGGUAGCCAUAACUAUAGACCCUAUAUCUAUAGACACUAGAGACACCGUAAACUUACCAUAUAAUGCACAUAAUGGUAAUUCAGUAACUAAAAUGGCCAUUUCUCCACAAUCAAAAUGCAUUGUUACUUAUAGUCAGGAUGACGGGACUUAUAUUAGUUGGAGCAAUGAUAGUAAUGAUGAUGGUAAAAUAUCAUUAAAAUAUGAUUCGAGUCCGUCUCUCUUUCGUUCUAUAAGUUUUAAAGUCUCAGACGAGAAAAUUAUCAUAUUAGACGGAGAAUCUAUCUAUGAUAUGAAUCAAAAACCGUGUAGUAUCAUAAAACAUGAUUAUAAAAUGAAAGGCAAUCGCGAUGCGAAAUAUGACUUUCUUUCAAACGGAGAUAUAGUAGCAUAUCAUAAACGUGCCAUUUCAAUUUACUCUUCUGAUGGUCGAAAGCGUAAGGCUGAACAUAAAUUGAAUAAGGAGGACAAAAUUUUUGAUGGAGUAAUUAAUGAUAAGUUACUUGUUUUUGUAGAUAAUAAUUUAUUUAUAUUAGAUUUAUUGCAAUUAUCUAAAAUUCAUUAUUUGAAAGUUCUAUUUGGUAUAUAUACAUUUCAAUAUUGGAAAAUACUACUUGAUGAAAAUGUUAUUUAUUUCUGAUUAUUUUAUAUUAAUAGGAAAAAGAAAAAAUCAUGUUAAAAUUUUCUAAAAAUAUAACAGUUAUAAAUAUUAAUGGUACCCUUUAUAUUUAUUCUAAUAACAAUAACAUUUAUGUUCCAAUCGGGGUUAUU